AUGUCGCAGAAUACGCCUGAACUCGGUCAUGCACUUAUGGAAAUUACGCGAGGGUGUAUGAAGCUUGAAUCAGUAUUGUUGUGAAUGUUGUUGUAUUCGACGCGACUGCCCGGGUGGGAAGGAGUUCCUGAGCUUCGGCCGCGGCUCGCUCGCUUGACGUCUCUGCCAGCUUGCACCCAUGCGAGUACUCACCAAUCUCGGAACUGCUGACAGACAUUACAAUCGUUCUGUACUGCUUUGUACAACGACUCCGUCAUCACGAGACUACAGCGAGGUCGGAUUAGCGACGAUCCGCGCGCGAGAGAGCUUCAAGCCAACUAGCUUCAGAUAUUCCCCACACGGAACUACCGGUCGAUUACAAAUGACUGUGGAGAAGAUAGCUCAAAGGGCGUAAUGUCAAUUGACCUCAAACAUCUACUUUUUUUCAUAUCUAUCCUCGUCUUGCUCGCAGCUAUCGAUCAUCACAGUUAAGCAACAAUGUCGUCGUCAAAGGUAAUCCUGUUUGACCUCCCUAGCAGAGACGGCGCCGCGUGGUCGUUGAACCCAUGGAAGACUCGCAUGAUCUUGAACUACAAGAAGAUUGACUACACGACCGAAUGGGUGGAAUAUCCCGAUCUCGCACCCAAGUUCAAAUCCCUCGGCAUUCCCCCGAAUCCCAAGGACGCACAUGGCUAUUUCACCGACUACAGCAGUCCUGCUAUCAAGCAUGCAGACGGAACCUACCAAAUGGACUCAUGGCCCAUUGCUCUCGAGCUCGAGAAGCAGCACCCGAGCCCUUCUUUACAUUUCGACGAUCCGAUUGUUGUGAAGAUCAGGGACCUCCAACCCAAUUUAAUGGAUCCGCUCAGAUCCCUAAUUAUCCCUCGGGUGCCAGUAGCAUUCUUGAAUAAGCCAAGUGCUGAUUACUUCUACAAGACGAGGCAGGAGUUGUUCGGGAAGCCGCUGGAACAAGUAGAAAAGGAUGCUAAUGCUGAGGAGUGCUGGGAGAAGGCCAAAGCGCCAGCGAAGGAGAUGGGUGAUCUGCUGAGGAAGAACGGUGGCCCGUAUUUCCUUGGUCAGACUGUCUCCUAUGCAGACUUCAUUCUUGUGUCAAUGAUGCAUUUCAUCAAGCGCGUAAGCGAGGAUCAUUUCAAGAAGCUUAUGUCUCUUGAUGAUGCCUUCCCAAAGCUCUUCGAGGCGAACAAGCAGUGGUUGGAGAGAGAAGAUUAGUUCGUCCUUUGCACGUGA